UUAUCAUCACCUUUUUCCUGCUCAUUUCGUUUAUAUAUUUGACCGAAAGAGAACAUGGUUUCAAUAAUUGUUUAGUUAAAACGGCGGAGCGUUGACAGCGUGGUGUAUCAUGAAAAAUUUUAUUUCGUUUACUUUGUGCUGUAUCCUUCUAUUUUUUCUCCGUGAGGGAGUAUCUUUAAGGUGUCGUUCUGGAAAUCAACAAAUAGACGUACAAUUUCAAAAAGUGUUGAAAACUUGUAGGAACCGUUAUGCCGGUUCGAAUACAGGUAAUGGGGAAGAUUCUACAUCCACGGAAGGCAAAAGUUCAGGAAGUGAUUCUCGUUCCGAGGAAGAGGUAUAUGAUAACAAUUUCUUUGACAAAAAUGACAGUGGACCUUCAUAUAAUCAAUCCACGAACAAUCAGAGAUAUAGAAAUUCUGACAGGAAUAGUAAUACGAAUACUUACUCUUCCGACCGCUCGAUUAAGGGAAAUGUUAAAGAUUUCCAAAAUAUAAAACAUAUUCGUAAAACCAACGAUCGAGAUUCAUGGAAUUCUAGAGAUUCGCGCAAUAGGAAAAGUGAUUCUAAUAAUGGAGAGAUGAAUGACGAGAACACACGUCUUAAUAAUAAUACUGGCCGGCAACAAGAUUGUAUAGUACAAUGUUUUUUCAAUGAAUUAAAUGCUGUAGAUCAAAGAGGAUUUCCAGAAAAAGAUUUAGUAAUUCCAUUGAUGAUUCAAAGUAUUCAAGAUCCAGAAUUGGUAGACUUCGUUGAAGAAUCAAUUAUCGAAUGUUUUCGUUACCUUGAAGCGAAUAAACGAGAAAAAUGUGAAUACUCACAAAAUUUAUUGACGUGUUUGGCUGAAAAAGGACAACAGAAAUGUGAAGAUUGGGAAAAUUAA